AUGAGUUUUCUAAACUCCGUCCUCUCUUCUAUCGAGACUGGGGAGGUGUCUCUCACCCCACCUCCCCCACCUAAAAGUACAACUCCAGACUCGACGUCCUCAAACCAGAAGCCUUCCCUGAACUCGAAGCUGGCAGCAACCUCGAUUAGUGGCAACGGUAAUGGCUAUACAGGGACAGCCCAGAAACGAAAGGCGGGAGAACAACUGGCGCGGCCAGCCCCGCGAAACGAUCGAUUUUCAAAGCCGUUGCCCUCUUCCUCUUCCCAGUCGUCAGCUCCGGUUCCACGCCAGCCUAGAGACGGAGAUACCACUCGUAAACCCGGACCUAAGCUGACAACCUUAACCACAGCUGCUCCAAAACCUAACAUAUCUAAACCCAUUGCCGCUCCUGUUUCAAACAAGCCACCCCCGAAGGGCUCUUAUGCAGCAAUCAUGGCCGAGGCAAAAGCACUACAGAACAAGGCACCGUCCGCUGUUGGGCUAAUAAGACAUCAGGCUGUUGCCAAGGAUAAAAAGAGCAAAGUCCAACAAAAGAAAAUUACUGAGGAAGCCAAACAACGGGAUCGGGAACCAACAAACCGGAAGCUAUCAAACGAGAAAUCCACAGCUGCUGUUCCAUCAAGGAAUACAAAGGAAGCCAUUUUAAAAGCUCGCCAAGCCGAGAUGAGCAAACAAGAUACAUAUAAAGGCACUGCCCGUCCACGCCCAGGAAGUCUACCCCCGACACGGUCGUCGGAGUCCUCCUAUUCUGGGACAUCUGGAUUACCUUCCCGCCGUGCCGCAGGAAAAGAAAGCUCGUAUGGCCGAAACAAGGGCCGUGGCGCUCCUAGAAAUGAGUACCUUGGUACAGACGAGGAAGACGAAGGCGACUAUGGCUAUGAAGAUGAGGACGAUUAUUCCGAUGAAUCCGACAUGGAAGCAGGCUUCCUUGACGUUGAACAAGAGGAGCAGGCCGCGCUUAGAAUUGCCAAACAAGAGGACGCAGAAGAGCUAAGGCUUGAGGCAGCUGCAAAGAAGGAAAAGAUGGAACGCAAGAUGAAACUGAAUGCGCUUGCUAAGUCACGGCGCUAA